CGAUAUUUCAAACGUAUUAAACGUUUACAACUUCCGUCAUAGAAUUUAAAAAGGCAAAACAAAGAAAAUGCUGCUCAAAAUUAAAAUAUUAACAUUAUUCAUUUUGGCCUCUUUUUAUUUAGCCAAAUCAAAUGCCUUAGAUAUAUCGACGGCUACAUCGUUAUUUACUACCAAACAUUUGAAAUGCUAUAAAUGCAGCAGUCUUUUGGAUGAUGACUGUAAAAAUAAAACAAAUGUCAUACAAAAAUCAGAAUUUGUGGAGCAAUGCGCAUCGGCAGCCACGGGUUGUGUUAAACAGCUUGUCACAAGAUAUGAUGGAAAAAAGGCCACAUUUCGUGAAUGUUAUUAUGGUAGUAUAAGUUCCUUAUAUACCAGUUUUGAUUGUGAAAACAUUAGCAGAAAUCGGCAAUACGAUGUGGUGGAGUGCCACAAAUGUAAGGGUGAUUUGUGCAACAGCAGUACCCGUCUUUCGCAUUCAACAUACGGCAAUUUGUUUGUUACAUUAAUAGUUAUGUUAAUUUCUGUAAUGCUAAAAAUGUAACUUAACGAAUUUUUGUUUUUUAAAUAAUAAUGU